AUGUGGGCACCAGCGACGAGGAUAUUCCUGAACACUGAACAAAUAGAAUCAGUUGUUCAAGUGCAUGCAACUACGCCCCUUUGCGUGUCGUUGGUUCCGGAAUAUGCAAUUGAAGAGGUUGGCGAACAGCAAGCGCCUACUAUCCCUACUGAAGGCAAAAUCAUUAAAGUUACCAAAUCAAUUGAAGAAUCGGUACACCCACAACCGUCUACAUCGCGAAAGUACCGAGCGACCCUCUGUCAGUCGAGCGAGCAGGGGGUGAUGCGCCGCACCCCGUGCGCAGUCUCGCUACUAUACGCCACUGCCGCCGGCUGCGCUGAAUGCGCCCCGUCGCCAGCCGCCAGCCGGGCCGGCAGUAGCAUCGGCGCAGGCGACGUUAGAGGUGUGGUUUCAAAACAGGCGCGCAAAAUGCCGGAAACA